GUGUAUUUUAGCUGUUGUUUCUAGCACAUAUCACGACCACUUGGUACCUUCUUCGUUUCUUUGUCACUUUGUGAUGGCUUUAAAAUCUGUACCAAAUAGAAAACAACCACUUAAGAUGAUAAACAAAUCUUAUAGUGAUGACCUGAAGCCGCUUGAUUUCUCCUUUCGAAGUUUGAAGUAUGUCACGGAUAUCAUCGGCGAAGAUAAACGCGAAGAGUCUUGUCGAAGCCCACACGACAUCGAAGAAUUGAUCGAUGAAAUAAAGCAAGCAAGAGCAACUACUGUAGGCGACAGUAACCACGAGGAAGAUGAGGAAGAUUUUCCGACCACAGCGAAACCUAUUAAUUGUUUUGCGGACUCUUCUGGAAGAAGACGUCGGAAAUCUCGCAGUAAGUGUCUUCGUUUGAAUAACAAUUCAUUGGAAACGAUUGCCGGACUUAAACAGAUCCUAUCUUCUCUCUUCCUCCGACCGUUACAACUGUCUUGGUUGGAUUUAUCGUUUAACGUGUUGACUAAUGUUCCAGAAGAACUAAAUGAAGUUCACUGUUUGCAAAUACUUUACUUGCAUGGCAACUGUUUAGAGAAUUUGGCUGAAGUGGAAAAGUUUCGGCCGAUGACAAACCUCAAGAAGCUCACCCUUCACGGCAAUCCGAUCGAGAAAGUUAAAGAUUAUAGAGUUACAGUUCUGACCACAAUACCGACCCUAAUCGAAUUCGAUUUCAGCUCAGUUGUGAAAUCAGAGAGAGAAAAUGCUGAAGUCUGGCUGAAAAAUACCACCGGCACUACGAAGCGGCGUCGGCCCAGAUAUCACCUACGAGUCUAAAUGACAAUCGGACUGGACACAACAUAUUCACAUUCCUUCGUGAUACACACACACGCACAAUACAUACAUACAUACAUUAUACACACGAACAGAUAACACACAGUCUGUCCCUCACAUACAUACAUGUUUAUAUAUAUAUACAUGAUUAUUAAGUCUGUGAUUAUUGAUCGUUUCAUUGUAUUUCGACGACCACCUAAGUGAAGAAAUAUAAAUAGACGGGUAAAACGAGGACGAACCGCUUCAGUGUGUGUGUGGCUUUCACGUAUUACUGUUACAGUAACCCAGCCACACACACAUUUACACAGACACACACACAUUCUUUUUAUUUAUAUAGGUGUCAGUUCUUGAUUGGAAACUUGAUCAUAUCAACUACAGAUACUUACUUCAAUGUCCAGUUGUAGGUAUAUAACUAAAAAAGCUAAUUACAAACAUGAGCAUGAUUAUAUAUAUAUAUUUUUUAAGAAGAUAAGAUUCUGAUAAAGGAAUUGAUGAGAUAAUAGGACAAAUUAAUAUUCACUGAUGAGGUUUUUUUUUAAGUAUAAAAAGUAUAAAAUAUAUGACAAAAUCUGUCGUUUGAUCCAAUAUAGUAGAGGAACCAGACUGUCUUUGAGUGCUACAUGCAAAGUUUGUUUGUUUCGUGAGUAUAUCAGACCGAUUUCUAGAUUGACUCAAAUAUGUUCUUGAUAAAUAUGUAUUAGCUUCUUUAGAAAACAAAAUCUUGUCCAUUAAAUUCCAAUCAUAAUAUUUGGUCCGCCUCGGGCUGACCGAGUUAUUUCGCGAGUAUAGGUGCCUAGCCAAGGUAUCGUACUCGGAACACAAUCACACACACAUAUGUAAUGCAAUAAAGUGUUCCUGGAAGAAUUCAAUGUAGAGGUUCCAAACAACCACAACAAGGAAACAUACGUACGGAACAAAUGAUAUAUAAACUUGUGAUUAUCUAAUUUCUCCUAUAUAUGCCAAACCGGCAUAACUACAGGGUUUUAUACCCCCGCUGUAGUUAUGCCUAUGAAACCUACACACAUAAACAUAUAGGGUUAAACUAAAGAAUUUGACCCGAGCACAAAAACAAAAGCCACUCUCUGAAGUAAUUACACACAACGGCCUCAACUCAGGCUGGAUUUGAACUCAGAACAUCAAGAGAUACGAGUAUUUGUAAAUUACUCAAUCCAUCAAUCCCAUUCAUUCAUCCGUUUUUUUUUAUCGACAAUUUUCUUUCUAACUGUAUCAUUAUUGUACCUGAUUCGUUGUCUAAUUUAACAAUUAAUUCUGUUGUUUUAGUUAUGUAAAUAUUGUUAUCUUAAUUUCCACAGUUAAAAUGCACUUGUGCCUAUUAUUAGACUUAUUCUUCCAAAUGUGGACGUUUGAAUUUCCCUCCAAUUCUGAAAAAGUUCAACUUCCAAAAAAGGUGGCUUUGUGUAUAAUUAUUUUCAAUAUAAGGGAAAAAAAUUAUUAAAAUGUUUAGAUAAAUUAUAAUGUUUCUGAAAUGAUUAUAUUAAAAUAAUUGCCAAAACAGAAAA